AUGAGCCCUCACCCGACAGCAGCGGCGAAUCCGAGCUUGAAGACGACGAUCUCGAGAUCGAACUACUAUGAGGACCUGGAGAAUGCGAGGAAUGGCUCGAACUCGACGUCGAAUGCGAGGAAGAACCCGCAGCCGACGUUUCAGAUGACGACGAGGAAGAAGUACCAUCCACCGUCGAGUUCCCUCCCUGAUUUCCUGGACCAUCAACCGUUGAACCAUCACCAAAUUCAGGUACAAAGUUCAGGAAAUCCAACGAUGCCGAGUGAGACUGCUUGUCCUGCUCUGAAAUAG